UAUUAAAUGUGUUUUCAUAAUAUUUUGGAACUAUAUUAGCAGUUAUUAGUUGUUGAAUAUCUUGCUUUUUAUUGUUCGCAAUUGGUAACUUAGAGCUGUAUGCCGCACACAAUUGAAUAUCUGAGAUAUUUUUUUUGCCUGCACGACUAAUUUUAAUUUUAGCUUCUUUCCAACGUUCACUUUUAUACGUGGUUUUGUACAAAUAGGUAUCAGUGUGCUAAGCACGAAAACUAUCGAGAAAGUGUUCGUAUCGCAAUCGAAAGAAUUUUCUAUGAGAUUUGAACAGCGCCCCUACCGUGCGUAAAAGGAACUAAAUGUCGCAAGCACGAAUGUUUUUGACAACUAUCGUAUAGUAAUCGUAUCGUAUUGCUAUCGAAACCUAGAACAUUUUGAUACAAAUUGGAAGCACGAACGAGCUUUUGACGUCCGGUAACGUAAAUUUCGAAGGCUGGCUAUCGAAACGACUCGAAACAUUUGUCACUCAGAAUUUGACGGUGAGAAAGGUACAACUAACAUAAAAAUAUUAUAGUUAUUGUGAGAUUUAGUUAUUGUGAGCUUUUAUAAAAUGCCAAGACCGCCGUUGUAUCAGCAAAGUACAACAAGUACUUUGCUUGCUGCUAUUUUACUUGGAGAAGAUGAUUUAAGAGAAACUACCGAAAUCCGACGCCGAGCUAUACUCAGAAAGUCGGUAAAUCCAAUGGAUAUUACCGACACUGAGUUUAAAAACAGGUACAGGCUGACUAAAGAUGCUUUCAAGUUCCUUUGUGAUUCACAACGGGACAACGGCUCAAACAUGACAGCAGGCAGCCUGCUGUCAUGUUUGAGCCGUUGUCCGUAAGAGCUCGUUCCCACCUGUCGGCUAUCGGAUCCGUAUAUUAAUCGGAUGUCGGCGCCUUUGUUCACACACACGAUUAAUAAUCGGUUGUCGGCCACGGUCGAAGCUAGUGCCAAUUUCAAGCACUCUACGCGAGGCGAUUGUGCACGAUGGACGUCGACGAAGCUCUUGUUGUGAUGUAUUAUUAUUUGAGAAGAAAACGAAGAAAGACAGCCAAGGAAAGAAAAUAUUGGGUGCACCCAAUCCUGAGAGAAAGAUUUAGUUUGGGAACAUUUCAGAAUUUAAUAACAGAAUUGAGGAGUGACGAAAUUAAGUUUUUCAAUUAUUUUAGAAUGUCGAUAACUACAUUCAACCAUCUAUUGGCUCAAAUAUCAGUGAGCAUAAACUACCAAAAUACGAGAUUUAGAGACUGCAUUUGUACUGAAGAAAGGUUGGCGAUAUUUUUAAGAUAUUGCGCAUCGGGUUGUUCCUUCAAAGAAUUGCACUAUAGUUACAGAGUUGGUGUGUCAACUAUUAGUAAAAUCUGCAAAGAAAUUAGUUCCACUAUCUGGGAUGUAUUAAGAGACGAGUUCAUGCAAAUUCCUGAUAAUGAGCGUAAAUGGUUGGAAAUUGCAAAAAGUUUUGAUAUGAAAGCCAACUUUCCGCACUGUCUUGGAGCAGUUGAUGGUAAGCACAUAAGAGUGGUGAAACCAAACAAUACUGGCUCGAUGUAUUUUAAUUACAAAGAUUAUUUUUCAUUUGUUUUACUAGCCGUUGUUGAUUCAGAAUAUCGUUUUAUUUUUAUGAGUGUUGGCUCGUAUGGAAAAGAAUGCGAUUCUUCAAUAUUCAAGGAGUCAACUAUAUGGAAGAAACUGAAUGAUGGUAGUUUAAAUAUACCAAAACCAAGGCCUCUACAUGCAACACUUCAAAAUGAUAUGCCUUAUGUUCUCGUGGGCGAUGAGGCUUUCCCUCUGUCAACAAAUUUGUUAAGACCUUUUGGAGGCACUCAUUUAGACCACAUGAAAAAAAUAUUUAACUAUCGUUUAAGUCGGGCAAGAAGGUACGUUGAAUGCGCAUUCGGUAUUUUAGCCAAUAAAUGGAGAAUAUUUCAUCGGCCACUGGAUGUCCACCCAGACACGGCUAUCGAAAUUGUAAAAGCGUGUACAGUAUUACACAAUUUUGUAAGAGAAAAGGACGGUCUGAACUUUGAAGAUAUUCAUUAUGCGGCAGAAAAUCCGAUGCAAGAACAAGUACAACUGCAAAACUGUAAUCCACGUGGUGGUCCUAUUGCAAAUGAUAUACGGUCUGAAUUUGCAAACUACUUCGUUUCAACAAUAGGCUCGGUGCCUUGGCAACCAGAAGCGCAUGGUUAAUAUUUAUGUUUUGAAUUUUACGUAUAUUAUUAAAUAAAUAACUUCAAACACUUACCACA